GUAAAAUAAACAGCUGAUCACAGCGUGGCAGAGCGAAAAAGUGAAAAACUCUCUUAGUUUUAUCGAAAUCGGGGCAGUUUCCCCUAAAAUCUUCGUUUGGACGUUGUGUUUUGAUGUAAAAAAGACGAUUUAUUAAGUGUAAAAGAACUUCAAACAGACAGAUUUCGAAAUAAUAUCUAAGUACAUAAACCGGCGCAGUAAAUAAAUAAACAAACGGAGGUCCCAUCUGUAGCACCGACAUUUCCCAACCGAUCGUUACUCAACUCGCAGACCUGGAACCUUGGAUGAUUGAUGGGUUUUACCAAAAGUGCAAAAAGUCUUGCUGUUUCUUAUUUAAGACACAAAACCCGCUCCACUGAUUUAUUUGUCAGAAAUUUUACUCAGACAAGAGCUACAUUUUUGACCAGAUUUUGUAGCACCUUAAGCUCUGUUAAUAUGGAAAAAGUAUACUUCAGAAAUGCAAGUGAUAGCAAGGAGCUUGACAUUGUAUUCCGCUUUGUGAACUCUAAUCUGAAGAUUGACCGUGAAUUUAAUUUCCGUCGUCAAAUGAAUGAGCCCAUAGACGCUAUAUUGGCGCGAAUUAAAAGCAAUAUUCUAAAUAGACUUGCUAAAACCUCAAAGAAAUCUGGAAAACCCCCAGCUGAGAUAAAUGUGAAGCUGUUAAGUGACAAUUACGAUGUAAAUUUUAAUGAAAUGACAUUUGCCGAACUGUUCAGUAAAGAUUUUACUGGAGUUAAGCUGCAGGUGGUGGACACAGUCUACGAUAUGGUUUUUAAUCCCCCAUGGAUUGCAUCCCUAAAACUGCCCUCCUGCAUAUUAGCUGGAUUCGUGAUAUACCCGACUAAUGUGCAGAUUCAAUUCGGUGAACGUCAGUACAGCAAAGGAGUAUGGUACAAAGCUAAGCGACUCACAGAUUCCGAAUGGGAAGUCUGCGGAGAAGGAUUUCAAUACCUAGUAUCCCCACAAGAUAUAGGUUACUAUUUAAAAUUCGUAUUAACCCCAAGAAAUGAACAGGGAAUAGAUGGUCCUGUGGUGGAAAAGGUGGCAAACUCUGCGGUACAGGAUUCCCCAGGAUUUUGUCCAUUUCAAAAUCGCCACAGACACACUCCGAAUUAUUUGAGUGAUUCCAACGAAAUUCGGGUGGUAAGCUACAAUCUAUUGGCCGAUUUAUAUGCGAGUAGUGAUUACGCCGGAAGUACGCUCUUCUCAUAUUGCCCAUCGAAAUAUCUACAAAUAGACUACAGGAAACCAUUAUUCAUCAACGAAAUCAUUGGUUAUAACUCGGAUCUUAUCUGCCUGCAAGAAGUCGAUCAACGGAUUUUUGAUUUCGAUUUAAAGGAAAUACUAGAACAACCCCCAUAUAAUUUUCAUGGCAUUAUGGCCCCGAAGGGAACGUGUGCAGAAGGAGUUGCCAUUUUCUUUCGGAAAUCGCGCUUUGAACUAUUGGACUCUCAAGUUCUGCAUUUAGGACCCAGUCUCCCCAAACUGCCCGUUUUCGAAAGCCUUUGGAAUAAGAUCAAAGUUAACUCUCAACUAGCAGAACGAAUUUGUGAUCGGUCCACAACUCUACAAACUUGUUUGCUAAGGAUUAAAGAAACGGACAACUACGUACUUGUGGCUAACACGCAUUUAUAUUUUCAUCCGGAUGCCGAUCACAUUCGACUACUGCAAAUGGGAUUUUCUAUGCUCUUUAUUGAGCACAUUAUAAGUAAAGCUGUACAGGAUUUCAAUAUCAGUAGCCCUCAAAAUAUUGGUCUGAUAUUUUGUGGUGAUUUUAAUAGCGUUCCGGAAUGUGGGAUCUACAAGUUGAUGACCGAGCAACUUGCGGAAGAAAGUCUGGAAGAUUGGAGUAGUAAUACCGAACAGGCUGUUUCAAACGUGGAGCUCUCGCAGCCUUUUAAAAUGGUGUCGGCCUGUGGGGCACCGGAGUUCACCCACUAUACCACUCUUUUUUCGGGGUGUUUGGACUAUAUAUUUUACCAAAACGAUCGAUUUGAAUUAUUGAAGUACGUUCCACUGCCCACUGAGGAGGAGUUGAAGGCCAAUACUGCCAUACCUUCGGCUGUUUUUCCAUCAGAUCAUGUUGCCCUUGUAGCCGAUCUUAGAUUUAAGUCAGUUGCAGCACCAAAAUAAAUUAUUUAUGGAAAUAUGAGGCUUGAACAUUUAAUAAAAUUGUUUCAAAAACUCGGGGAUUUCGCAACGUAAUUAAAUAAAAAUUUAUCCCAUAUUAAGACAUAACUAAAAAUAAAUAUAAA